UCAAAAAUAUCAUUCACCCUACGGGUUUCUGUCAGUGGAUGUAGGCGUUAGUGCCGAACCAUUUUUAUUAUUGUCUUAUUUGAUUUCGUUUUCCUUGAUCAAUGAUCCCCCGAUACCCUUAUUUAGAUUUUCUCUAGAAUAUUCAUCUAAACUUUCUGCAAGUAAGAUCGAAUAUUGAAAACACCAAGUAGAAACAUGGGAAUGCAAACUGACAAGGUUAGGUUCAAUGUUGGAGGAAAAAUCUUUGAAACAACUGCUACAACUCUCGCAAGUGCAGCAGAGGGAAGCUCCAUGUUUGGAGCUAUGUUUGAUGAUGAAUGGAACUUCCGACCAAGAGAAGUUAAUGAAGAGUACUUUAUCGAUCGAGACCCGGAAUAUUUUUCCGUUCUUCUUAAUCUUCUUAGAACAGGUGAGCUUUAUGUCCCUCCUCACAUACCUGACAAAUUAUUCUACAGGGAAGCUCUCUAUUAUGGUCUGAUAGAUAAUGUUAGAACUGCAAGGUUUUGCGAAUUCGAUGGUAACAGGUUAAAGCUAACGAGCUCGGUUAAGGGUCAAGAGUUUGGCAAUUGUACUGCAAUUAGAGCAAGUCCUGAUGGAGGCUGUGCUGUUGCUCAUGACAGAAUUGUCCGUCUAUAUGAUUGGAUGCUCGAAGAAUAUCCAACAAUAAAUCUCAACUAUGAAAAAGUUAAUGAUAUUUGCUGGAUCGAUUUAGAGAUUGUUGUUCUUAGUGCUUGCAAAAGGUCUGGACGAGAAGACUCUGGUAUUGGUCUUUUUAGUUCGUCAAGAGGUGAUUUAAAGCAUACAUUUCAGCUAAACCAUGAAAAUCAGGUGAAGAGUUUCACUGCUGGAGCUUUAUGUUGCAACUCUGAUGGUAAGGUAUUUGCCGCAUGUAGUGGAACUGGUGUUAACGGAAUUGGAGUUUGGGAUCAAGUUACUGGAAAACAAACUGGUUUUUUCGAUAGAACAGUAUAUGAGCCUCUCUGUGAUGCUAAUAGGAUUCAAUGCUUAGAUGGAAAUAAUGGUACGGAUAGUAGCAUUAGAUGGAAUUCAGAGAGCAGGCAACCUAAAGCAGUUGAACCUAGUUAUCCUAAAUUAGCAUUACAUGGAGGACAACUUUUUUCUUGCAUAAAUGACCGUGUCUCUAUGUUCUGUGGUCCAGACUGGUUUUUGACAUCUAGUAUCGGAAGAAGUUGCAAUGGUGGUGCAAUUCGCGAUUUCUCAAUUGGUGGUGAUCGGCUUUUCGCUCUUCAUAGUGAGGAAAAUGUGUUCGAUGUGUGGGAGACUCCAGUUCCUCCGAAUCGGGCUGGGUAAUGACAUAAAACACUCUGCACUUCGCGUGGAGGAAUCAUUAGUUUUGCACUGGACUGAUAUGUAGGUUGAUGCGGUAUCAAGCCAAUGGUUACAGACAAGCCUGGUCUGAACGGGCCAAAUUAAAAUCAACCUGCA